AUGGCUUUCAUCUUGAACAGACAAAUCAUUGGUGGGAUUGUGCCUGCAUUGUUGACAGUCUCAAUACUAGUGGAAAUAUGCUUCGCAAAAAAUGUUCCUGCUAUUUUUGUUUUCGGGGAUUCCUUGGUUGAUGUUGGAAAUAAUAACUACAUUUUGUCACUUGCCAAUGCUAAUUAUAUCCCUAAUGGGAUUGAUUUUGGAAUGGCAACAGGCCGAUUCACAAAUGGAAGAACAACUGUUGACAUUAUAGGUCAGGAAUUCGGUGUUAAAGACUACCUGCCUCCUUACUUGGCUCCCACUACAGCAGGAUCUGUGAUUCUGCAGGGUGUCAAUUAUGCUUCUGCUGGAGGUGGAAUUCUUAAUUACACUGGAAAGAUCUUGGGAGAUCGAAUCAACAUGGAUGCGCAAAUAGACAAUUUUGCAAACAGCAGGCAAGACAUAAUCUCAAACAUUGGAGCUCCUGCAGCACUAUCAUUGUUAGGAAAAGCAAUCUUCUUUGUUAUGAUGGGCUCAAAUGAUUUCAUCAAUAACUACCUGACACCUGUCAUCUCUGCUGCUGAGCAGAAGUUGAUCACCCCAGAAGUGUUUGUUGGCACCAUGAUUUCAAGAUUCAGACUACAACUUACGGGGCUUUACAAUUUGGGUGCUAGGAAGAUUAUUGUGGCAAAUGUUGGACCUAUAGGGUGUAUACCUUAUGUAAGGGAUACAAAUAUUCCAGCUGCAGGGGACAACUGUGUUAGUUUGGCAAAUCAGUUGGCUCAAUUAUUCAAUGCUGAGCUGAAAAGCCUUAUCAUAGACCUCAGUGCGAAUCUUCAGGAAUCAAAAUUUGCCUAUGCAGAUGUUCAUAGAAUCGUAGAAGAUAUCCUGCAAAACUACAUAUCCUAUGGUUUUGAAAAUGCGAAUUCCUCAUGCUGCAAUCUUGCUGGGCGCUUUGGGGGUUUGAUUCCAUGUGGUCCGCUCUCAAAAGUUUGUAGUGACAGAUCCAAGUAUGUGUUUUGGGAUAUGGCUCAUCCUACUGAAGCUGCUAAUUUUCUCAUUGCAAGGCGUCUCAUUGAUGGUGACACCAAUGACAUCACGCCUAUGAACCUUAGGCAAUUUGCUCGAUUGUGA